AUGGCUCUGACUCCCACGGGUCUUGCCCUUUCACUUGUACUAGUGUCUAUCAUUUUCCUGGUACUCUCAUGGAUUACCACGCUUGCUCGCCUCUCUGUGAGGCGGAAGAUUAAAGGCAUUGGCCUGGAUGAUUGGCUCAUGGUUGCAGGUCUAUUGAUUUUCACAGUUCUUUGCGCCACGGCAAUCGUGGCUGCGUAUAACGGCGUGGGAACCCCGUCCCGAUACCUAGACGCCUACUAUACCGUGCAAGGUGGAAAAUGGCUCACAAUCGCCCAGCUAUGCUAUGUGCUCAGUACAGUCCCAAUCAAAGCUUCCAUCUGCUUUGCCCUAAUUCGAAUUACUACGAAUGCCGUCUACCGCUGGAUCUUGUACGGAGUUAUUGCUCUCGCAACCAUGGCCUGCAUAAUCACCGACGUCACGAUUCUCACCUGGUGCCAACCUGUCUCGGCGAACUGGGACCCGUCGGCAGGGAAAUGUGCUGAUCCAUCCGUCCUCACAAACGUGUCCUACUUCAUCUCUGCUGUGUCGAUCUUAACCGAUUGGACGUGUGCGGUGUUGCCAGCCUUGAUCCUAUGGGACGUCAAGUUACGGCUCGGUGUCAAACUGUCCCUGAUUGGUGUGCUUGCACUUGGAUUUGUUGCCUCUACCGCAACAAUCGUCCGCAUCAGAUAUCUGAUCGCCUUCAACAGCUCGGAAGAAUACCUGUUGAACGUAGCAAACGUGGCAAUAUGGUCAAUAAUCGAGUCGGGUACAGGGAUCAUCGCAGGCUCGCUAGCAUCGCUCAGGCCGUUACUGAAGUACAUACCGUUCCUGCGCGACUACUCGAGCGGCCGAACACCGCAUUCUGGAAAGACAGGCCAGCGUCCUGGAGAUUCCUACAAGAUGGACUCGAUGCGCUACACUCAUGCCGGGGCGCAGCAGACGACAUGCAAGGCUAGCGGUGAUAACAACUGGGACAGACUGUCUGACACCGAAAGCCAGAAGCAUAUUCUGAACGAUCAUAGCAUUCGCGUCACGAAGGAUAUCGUCUUAGAGAGUUAG